AUGGCUUCCACUUCGCGGAAAACCUCUUUACUGUCCGCUGCAAUGACUAACCCAUUAUUGGGGGCUAGGGGUUCCUGUAGGCAUGGGAAGGGAACUUCAGCAUUGGGUUGUAUUUUCAACAAUGAAUGGAUUAUGGUAGCUCUGGAUCAUUCGAGCCUGUCACCUGGUUCAUUUCCAGAAAAUGUUCUUGAACUCAAUUCAAACCUCCUCGCUGCUUUCUCUGUAGGGAGCCAAAAUUCCCAUGACUUUUUGCUCAACCAUCUGCGAGAGAAGUGCCACAAACAUGAACUCGGGGAGGAGAGAAAAGCUUCUGCUGCGGAAGCAUCUAAAUGGCUAGCUAGCUUUCUAUCUCUUCAUCCUGACAGAGAUGAGGCUCAAGAUAUAUUUGUUUCCAAGUUUUUCUUUAAGCCUAGCAGUUGUAUUUCAAUGGUUAAAGCUGUGGAUGUGGCCAAGAGUGCACUUUGUAUUGGUGCAUACAACAUGCCUGAAAGUCUUGAAUGUGGCAGUGUUUUCAUAGUCGAAAGUGCUAGGAUUACACCGGUAGUCUUCAGUGAAGAUAUAUUAGCAUGGGAAAAGCACUUCAACAAAGCUGGGAGAGAGUGGCAAGAACCACACCUCAGGAAAGUUCACAAGCAGAUGGCGUUUUUCUAG